CAGGUACGAAGAUGAGGAAUAUAUGGAGGGGGCAACUCCAGAUAACAGAAAUGGCGAGGGGACAGCUCUAGAUAAUUGAGAUGGGGAAGACGGUAUAUAGGAGGAGAGCUCUGGAUAAUAGAGAAUUUGGAAAUAACAUCGACUGAAGUGAGGAUUCCACAUCACAAAAUAAUGUAACAUAUCUGGUGAAAAUGAGGGCACCACAUUAUUGGAGGAGCUGCAAUGUUGUGUUUUCUACGAGAGAUUCACGCACAUUAAUGAUAUACCAUCAUAUCCUGUGAAGCAGAUCAAACUUCAUGAAGAUCAUAUGUUCUUACAUCUUUGGAGUGAGGUCUCACAAGUGAAGUUGAUGUGCUGUUGUAUCUGCUGAGGAAAAUCCCCACUCGCUUUAUCCUGUUAGAAGUAACAUCCCAACAUUUUGGAAAUGAUGCAUUCGUGUGACAAUUUAGGAAGUUCCUGAAGUGGGCAGAGCUGUUAGGAAUGAGUUGCUGUCAUGACACUUCUCUACAAAGAACAACAAAAACCUGAGAAAAGACUGGCAAUUUGUUUGUGCUAUAUCAUCACAUAGUACAUUGAAAAACCUCGAGAUCAUUUUGGAUUAAACAUUUCUCCUCAAAAUAAAGUUCAGGUUUGGUCAAAAGCAGGCAGCUGUUUGUAAUGGAGCCAGAAUCCAAAAACAAAACUAUGGAUGUAACAACUUUAAAAGGAGAGGUGAUUUAUUUUAUUGUGUCCAAGGAAAAACAGCUUGGUGGGAAAAUGGAUGCAGUUCUGCAAUUUAAUAGAAUGACAUUUGAUUCAGAAACUGGGAAAUUCAAACAGAAAUUUUCAGGAAAAUUCAUCCUCAAACAAAAAAGUUCCUCCUUGCAAAUUGUUGCCUGUUGUUGUGCUAUUGAUUCAAGAACAGGACAAAAUGCCCCUUGCAUUUUGCUUGAGAAGCAUAGAAAGGCUCAUUCUAAAUUUAGAUAUAGUUUACUUAUGCUGCACAGUUCAAAUCAAGUUGAACAGUGUUUGGAUUUUGAAUUAGACUAUGAACUGAAGGUGAACGUAACCCUGUUGACUGGACCUAGUGUUUUGUGGAGCUGUGGCAACCAAGUGUAUUAUAUAUCUUCUGAAACUAAUGGAUUUUUUAAAAUUCCCAUUUCAUUUACUGCAGUUAAAUGGAUUGGAGAGAUUUCUGAUGGGGACAUAAUUGUACUGGGUGUAAGAAAAACUAUUGAACCUGUGAAAACUGAUGAAAUCUCUAUUAGUCACGCUGAUAAAUUGAUCUGGGGUUGUGAAUUUGUCACCUAUUCUUUACAAAAGAGAGAAAACUUCUGCAUCAGCCAUCAUUUCAUUCCACAUGCUUACAGUUGUGUAGUUACAAGCAUACUUAUUUGCCCAAGUGAAGAAAUAGACGAUCAAAUAAAGACUAUAGUUGUAGCAACCACGUGUAAGAAGCAACUGGUAUUGUUUGAAAACUGUGUCCCCAAGAAUGUCUGCCAGCUUCCUUUUGACGAAUCUCAUAAAAUAAAAGUGGUAACAACAGGCAGAGAGAAUUGCUUCUUUCUUGUGUCUUCUAAGGCUGGAAGAGUUUGUGCUGUCUCAAAGGAAAGUUGGCAGGUUGUUGCUGUUUGGCAGGAGAUAUGGACAGUACAAUUGGAUGACUUCUUAGGCAUAGGAACAGAACAAAUCUUGUUGCUCCCUUCGGCAGCUUGCACUAUUGAAGACUGCUUCAAAAGUUUUGUCUUAACUGAUCUUGGUGAAUUCAAUCACAAUGUUAACUCUGGACAUGCUGAAGAUAAUGGAACACAACCUUAUGACAAGGGACAUGUAAAUUAUUACCACACAGUCCAAGCUCUGGAGGCAAGAUUACAGCUCGGCCUAGCCUCUCUUGAAGAACUGCAACAAUUAUUAAGAGCUAAAGAAAGAGUUUUACUUCAGUCAACCAAAGCUCUAACAAGCCUUAUUGAAGGAAAGCAGUCUACUUUGCCACAAGCUGAGGAGGAAGGUUUGGUUUCUCUUUGGAAUGAAGAGCAGCUGGACCUACGGCCUCUUGUAGAGCAGGCUUGUCCUACCAGUCAAGUGUUAAACUACCCAGUACAGAAGAUCUGGCAACGCAUUGUGGAUAGCAGCUGGAUCGUGGGGAUACAAUUAUCUGAAUCUGUCAGCUUAAAUUUUGACUAUCUGAGUUUGUCGCUGGUGAUGGAUCAUGACUUUACUGCUGCUCCAGUGAUUCAAUCUCAAAGUAAAGUAUUGAAGGUAAGCAGAUCCCCAGUGUUGGCAUCAUUUCACCAAUAUCCAUCAGAACCUCCACUGAAGAAACCAAGACUGGAGAUGCAAGAUAUACAUGCUUUGAGGAGCAGCCAUAAGGAAGACCCGUGUUUUCGGACUUACAAAGAUCAUACACAGACCAUCACAGUUGUCACAGACUUGUCACCGCUGCUGAUAUACAAUAAUAUUCAUUGCUGUGUAUUACUACAUGGUACAAUGGGUCCUAUUCAGAAAACUGAAUCAACAAACAGAGAGAAGAUUAUAUCAUGUGGCAGAGUUUCUUUAAACCUGGAGGACAUCUGGAAUGAAAAGUAUGCAAUAAACUUGUUGCAGAAUCCUUUGCUAUGUACAGGCAAUGCAGUAGAAGAUUUUUAUGGCACUGUAGCUGCAUCUCGAAGAUCAUCAUUCCGAAUAUUUUCUCCUGAUUAUACUCUGACUCGGGUGAAAGAUUGGUUGUUGGGUUCAAUGCAGUGUGAUCCUUUGAAAAUUUGCCCAGAAUAUCUACUGUGUUCUAAAAGUGGACCUCUACAGGGUAUUCUACUUAACUGGCAUCCACAAAAUCCUUUCCAAGGAAUUUUAACAGUGCUUUGCAGAAACCAAUCGUUUUUGCUGAUGUUUCUUCAUGGCCUAAUUAAAAUCCUUCCACAGGGUUGUGUGGUAACCCACGUUAGUGCUGGGACUGAAGAUCAAAUUGCGGACAUGUUGGGGUGUGCUCUUGAGCAAGAGUGUCUUGCCUUCAGAAAUGUGAUCACUUCUGCUAUCUCUGAAACUGAGAAUGCGUUCACAAUGAGAGCCAAAACAGAGAAAAAGCAGAAUAUUUUGGUUCAUACUCCCUUAUUAAAUAGUGAGGAAAAGGUACAAGAGUACAGAGCAAAGUUUCAAAUUGAACAAGAGCAAAGUACUUUGGGGAUGAACCUGUCAAUCACAGGUUUUCAGUACAGAGAAAUUACAAAGAAAUUGACUGGUGUGCAGCUGAACACUGAUAGCUCUGCAUGGAGACUUGGUAGGUUCUACAGUUCAGUUUAUAUUUAAUAAUUAAAGUCAAAUUUCUAUGAAUUCAUCAGAAAAAUGAAUUCGAUAAGACACAAAGAACAUCUUUCUUUGAUCUUUCCAUUGUUUAACCUCAUUUGGCAUGCUGGUGCUAAAGUACUUUGUAAUGGCACUAAAGCAAUUUUUACUCUUGUGCAAACAGACACAUGGGAUACAGUAUAAGCAAACGCAUGAUCUUGGUUUCUCUGAGAAGAAAACUUUGAGCUCUAAUACUUCAUUAAAAAUGUUGUAUUUAACAUUGUAUUUCAUAAGCAUAAUUUGUAUUGGUUAUAAAUUUUACAUACAAUUUGAUGUACUUCUGGUAUUUGCAUGUCUUUCUUUAUGUAUUAUCCAAUCUCCAUAGAAAGUUACUCAGACAAUAACAAGUACACAAUGAGCAAUAUGUUUAUUGCCACAGAUACCUGGCAAUACCAAUACAGACUAUCUCAAGAGAUUAACACUUUAUUGCAAAUCAUUAAAUUUGAGAUGGUAACUGAAUUCAAUUUUAUUUUUGCACAUACAACCUGUGACACACAUCUCAAUAACUGCAAAAACAGAAGUAUUUUCUAGCUGAUGAUGUCUCCAGUGCAGGACAUCGUUGUCUGUACUUAUUGAAUUUAAAAAUAGUUACCAUUCCAUCAGACGUGUCUCCUUGUUUACGGUGACUGUUACACAAUAUGUCUUCAGUCUUAGAGAGCUUGCAGCUGAACCUCAUUCACUUCUACAAUAAGUCCUCUAAUGUAAAGCGUACAUUUUAGUGCACAGUCUGGUAGGUACUGUUAAACACAUCAAAAGGAGGAAGAGCCCUGUAAGAGGUUAGGAUAUUCAAAGCUGAAUUUGCCUAGAAAAAUUGAAUGUAUUCACUGCUGAGUCUGUUCAGUGAUAAAGUACAGUAUAGAGAACUGUUGUUCUAGGAUGUCAAUCACUUGAAACUAGCAAUCUAGACUUGGAUGUUCUUGACUGUUCCAUAUUAGCCACGUUACCUUCCAUGUAAAAGAGGUAAAUAACUUAAUAAGGUGCUGAAUUCUACUAGACUCCUAAUGAAGUCUGUACUUCUAUGCAACUUGGAAUGGCACAGAAUUGUCAAGCAUCAAUAUAUAUCAAAUGUCUGAAUUUUGCCUACCACCACUAAUAUUUUUCACGAGGGCUCUAUGAUCUCUCUACUUUCCUCAUCUUUGGUGUUGUUUAGAUGUGCUGAAGAAGUUUUUAAGUGUGGGUAUUUGCCCCACCUGGAGAUAGUAGCAGUAAUUAGUUGCAUACGAUGUUCUUUGAAAACAGCUAGGCUCUCUUUACGAAGAGUGUAGAUGGUACGCAGAAGGUCCGCUUCAGUGGAGAAACAAUAUUCUCAAAUUAAAAAUUAGUUUUUCAUAAAAGUUUUCUUCCUGAAAAUAAACAAAAAUCUGGAAUAUACAUUUAUCUGUUUGGCUGUCAGAUGUGUAGUACUUAAUUAGUGUGAAUGGAUAUCUUAAUGUAACAAAUGCACAAAUCAUAGAUGAUAGGAGAAACAUGAUACUUCUACUGCAGUUCUGCUCUCCAAUUUUCAAAUUCCCAAUACCUUUGAAAUUCCUUCCAUGGCAUAGCUUCAUUGGCAUUAAGGCCUAGGUCAUUGCUAUCUUGCAUCUUGCACUGUAAUUUCAUUUGAUUCUUGCAGGUAUUUCCAUAUCAGCACAGUCUUUUUGACACCUAUUUUAGUUUAUACUGCUGAAGUUUUGUAGUGUAUACAUAUAUAUGACCUACUUUAUGACACUAUCUACACACUACUAUCUGUUCCUCUUUAAUUUGCAUGCUUUCUCUUAGAUAUCAGCAGAUCCUUAUGUCACAGAAAUAACAUGAGCACGCUACAAUAUUUUCCACUUCACAUGCUGGAGAGAUAGAACUCUCAACCAACAUGAGCUUUUAUCACUCUAUUACUGUCCACAUUUCUAAACUUGUUUCAUG